UGAAUAUAACAUAUAACAAGUAUUACAAUUUCCCUCACAUUCUCUUCACUCUUGAGUCUUGAAGUUGGCUAUGGCGAGAAAGUUGGGUUUUUUAGUGGUGAUGGUUGUGGUGGUGGUAGUCGCAGCAUUUGAGGGUGCAAGGGGAUUGAGCAUGUGCAACAUGAGCGAAGAUGGGCUAAAUGCUUGCAAGCCAUCAGUGACCAAGCCCAGUCCAGUGGACCCAUCAAAGGAAUGCUGCCAGGCUCUUUCUCGGGCAGACCUGAAAUGUCUAUGUUCUUAUAGGAACUCACUUUUCUUGCCUUCUCUUGGGAUUGAUCCUGGUCUUGCACUGGCACUGCCUGCCAAGUGCAACCUCACUCCUCCUGCCACUUGUUGAGGUCUUGAUCUUAAUUCUCUUACUUAGUAGUUUCUUUCAUGUAUGGUUGGGUUUAACUUUCCGUUUCGUUUGUUUUUUGUUUUUCAUUUUCUAGAAAAUUGAAAACAGAAAAUGUCUAUUUCUGGUUUUCUAUUUUCAAGUUAUUUAAGCUACUUUUUUGUUUCU